UCUCUUCGAUGCUAGUGUUGUUGCUGAAUUAAGUUCGUGCGGUGGACCUUCGCGUUAAGCGUUAGUUUGCGUCAAUUGAGUCUGUCACAGCUCAAAUCAAAUGUAUUCUAACAGUUUUAUUAUUAUUUUAUUGUUUGCGUUGGUGUGACGUAAACGGUUCUAUAUCUGCAUGGUUGCACGCGCAGUGAAAUCGCCGUUCACUGCUGUACGUUACUGACCAGUAGCCGCAAACUUUUGGGAGAUGGGGAAAAACCGCAAGCGUUUGAAAGGAAAGGGAGCAGCUCAAGCUCCAGGACCUGGACCACAACAUGGCAUGCGGCCCACAGCGCCUCCUCAACCCAGACCUCCUCCCCCUCACGGCGGGCUUCGCGGUCCUGCUCCCGUCCGCCCGAUGGGCCCACCUGGACAGAGGUUUCCUGCGCCCCAUCGCGACUUCGGACCCCAACCCCCCAGAAUGAUGAUGAUGGACAACAUGGAAGAGGACAGAGGGUUUAUGCGUGAGCCGCAGGGAUUGAUGAUGGACGAUGAGCCUUAUCACCACCCGCUGGAUUUUCCCGACAGACAUGAGUUUCCCCCGCGUUUUGAUGGACCUGAUCCACAUUUCCAUCAUCAUUCAGAGUUUGGGAACAGACCACCAGCACCGCGCUUUUACCGUCCAGAGCUUGAAUAUGCUUUCCAUUCUCCGGAGUUUGAUGACAGACCUCCCGACUUCUGCCCGCCCGAGUUUGAAGGAGGGCCAGGUUUCCACAGGAUGGACCCUGGAUUCGACCAAGUGGAGCAGUAUGGUCCAGCAGACCCGCAUCACACGCCACAAAUGGAUGUACAUGGCAAUCGUGCGUUUGGAGAUAGAGGAGGGUUUGCUGGACCACUGCCACCUGAUUUCCGGGGCCCAGGUCCAGUACAGCCACCAACUGAAGCGUUUAAUGCCACUAGCAUGGCUCCUCCUGUGAAAGGCUGUCCACCCCAACCUCCAAAGAAAAAAGAUCAGCCGGCUCCGAAAGAGACUGAACCUCCUAAAUCGAUGGCAUCAAAGAUAUCAAAAUUCAAGAAUAUUUCUGCAAAUACUCCUCGUGGACGCUCAUUGGGAGUAAUUUCAUUCAUUGGUAAUAAUUGUGGUUUCAUUGAACGGGAGGAUUUGAAGAAAUUUUCUUUUAUAUUUGAUGCUUUUUUUGGAAACCGAGCUCACCUGGUGCCUGGGGUUAAAGUGCAUUUCACAGCAGUGAAAAACCUGGGAAAAGAAUGUGCGGUUGAUGUGAAAGUGGCACCAGGAGGAACAGAAGACAUUGACAGUACGAUGUAUGAAGGCGUAGUUCUCACAGCCCUUCCUGAUGACAAUGUCAAGGAGGCUAAUCCUGGCCGCAUCAGGACCGUUUUCUCUAAGGAUCCCAUUAUAUUGCCCUUUGGAAAGGCAGACACCAAUGUGACUCUGCUGCUGUAUGAUCGUGUGGAGUUCCAGUUGCUGACAAAUGUUAUUACCAAGGAACAAAGAGCCACAAACAUCAAACCAAAAACACCCGACACUUUUCAGCUCACCAAAGAAAUCAGGAAGAUGGGUGUGGUUAUGAACAAGAGCGAUGGAACCCUGACCAUCAUGACAGAGAAACAUGAUAACCUCAAGGCCUCUGCUACUGACAAUUUAUCAGAUGAUGAGCUGAAUGUCAUGGAUGAAGUGGAGCUCACUAUUUUGACUGUGAACGACACAAAGAAGGCCGUCCGACUCAAAAAGCUGCCCGAGGGCUCUGUGACCUUUAAUCAAAAAGCAAAAGGCAAUGAAAAUAUUUCUGACGCAAAGGACAGUAAAUCUGGCACUACCCCUGGCAAAGACAAGUGGAAGCCCGUGACCAUGGAGGCUGGUUCUCAAGAUUCAGUCUCCUUAGACGUAAGCAGUGAGAAAUACGAGGGGACGAUUACCAAAAUCGCCCCAAAGAAAAGCCCAAGCCAGGAAAAAGUGAUGGACAAUCAAGAGCCCACGUUGGGUCUUCUGGUCACCACAGUGGAGGGCACAGAGAAGCAGUUGUCUUUUAGGUCAGGUAACGUGAUCACGAAAGCCACCAUGAUGGUUGGUGACAAGGUCCAGUUCAACAUUUUCACCAACAGUGUGACCAAGGAGGAGUGUGCCGUCAACGUAGAGAUCCUGCCAGAAACUUUCCAGACAGACUCUGAAGAGCAACGUAAGAUAGGGCUUGUUGUCAAGCUGGAUGAUAAUUUUGGGUUCAUCAAGACACAACAGGACCCGCAGCUAUUUUUUGACAUAAGUGAGGUUAUGGAGGACACCAAACUCACGUUGUCUGAGAAGGUUGAAUUUACCUUAGUACUGAGUCAAGCAGCUGAAGGGGGAAAACAAGCUGUUAGAAUAAGAAGGCUGAAUGAAAGCGUCUUCACAUCUGCACCAAAAUUAGAGGCCUUUGGAGUAAAAGAGAAGAAGAAAAUGACUAUCAAAUUGCUGAAGCAUCCGAAAGACCAAUUCAAGGAGGAGGUCAAAACAGAGGACAAAGGCAGUGAAUCAAUGGAUGUAGACAAGCCAAACAAGGGAAAAGACAGAGUACGGAGCAUAAGCAGGGAAAAUAGUCAACGUAGGUAUAGUCGAAGCAGAAGCCGGAGCCAAGACAGAAGCAUGAGUUACUACAGAAGCUCCAGUCCUGAGUGGAGGGACGGCCAAUACAGAUACAAACGCAGCCGCAGUCGGAGCAAAGAGCGUGGAGAGAGAUACCACCGGAGUCGCAGCAGAAGCAGAGAAAGGAGCAGCCAAAGUGCCAGGAAGAGAAGCUGCAGCCCUGCCGACACAAAGAGAGUUAAAAGCCCUGACAAUGUAGAAGAACUAUUGAGAAAAAGGAGAGAGCUAAUGGAACUCAAUGAGUUGAUUGCACGUAAGAAAGCUAUUGUCGCUAUGGAGCAAAAUGCAAAAAAAAUUGAUCCUGAGGAUGGAAAAAGUGGAGUUACAACAUUUGAUUAUCAGCAUGUGCAUCAUGACAACAUUUGGAUGCCUGACCUAAAACCAGUGAAGUCCAUCUUGAAGAAACAGUCUGAACCUCACACUGAUUCUCAAUCUCAGGCAUCUACAAGCAAGGAAACUGCUGCUUUUUUUGUAAAGAGUCAGAGUCAAAAGAUGCAAAUUGGAUACCCCCAGCAGACUUGUGCUUUUGGCUCAAGUACACCUGGCUACUCAACGUUUGAAAGUACUGCUGAGAGGACUUUGACCACUGCAUCUUUAACUCAGAUUCAGGAUCCAGAAUUUGUGAGAAAAAAGAAGCAAUUAGAAGAUCUCAGUGAGUCCAUAGCACGCAAAAGAGCGAUAACUGCCAUUGAACAGAAGGUCAAAGUUGUUCGGGAAAUGCCUGAAAUGGAAGCGGAAUACGAGUUUGACUCUCACACAGAGAACCAAUUUGUAAUGUCUAAAGGGAACUUAUGGAGCAGCGAAAUAAAACCUGCUAUUCAACUGAAAAAGUCAAUUUUGAAGAAACGCUCAGGGAUUCUGUCUCAGAGUGACACAACCUCAGUUGAUGAAUAUGGUCAGCCAAGUCAGGAUGAUUCUUCUUUUACAAAACCACCUUCUCAGACAGCAGCUUUGCCAUUUAACAGGUCCUCAAAUCCACAACCCAUUCAUCCUGGUACUUUGGGAUUAUUCAACCGGAUCAUCAAUGAGUCUUCAGCAGCCUCACAAAAGACUGAAACACCCCCUUUUAACAAGCCAGUUAUCCCACAGUCACUCAUGCAGGCGUCCAGGUCAAGGUCUUUACAUGACCUGAAAAUUUCCAACGUGUCUAAAGGUAACAAUUCUCAGGAAGACCAACACAGGGCAUCAUCUCGCCUGCCUCAUGACCAUCCCCCGAGCAGUAACCCUUCUACGAGUCAGACAUCACCAUCAGAUCCUAAGCGCAAUCUUACAACUCAAAUGGAGCGCUUCCUUAGUGCUCUCAACAAGGCCGACACCAGUGUUGUUAACUCAUUGUUUCAAGAGGCUAGAAAGGAUCUGGCUCUAAUGAACACCCAGAAACCCACUGAACCACAAUUAGAUAGAAACAUACCCUUCAUGGACGAAAUAUACGAUCCUUUUAAAGAAGAUGAAGACAAUGACCAGCCUUCCCUAAUGGGCAAACAACCUGGCAGAGAACGAGUAAACACUGAAACCCAUUUGAGUAACCCCAGUAAAGAUGACCUCUUGCCUGAUGAAAGAACUGUUCAGGAAGGUAGUGGCUUUUCUCGGCUUGUUGGAAUGAGGUAUGGUGUAGACCCUACUGCAAAAGCUGAGAAGAAAAGUCCGUAUGGGCAUCCGAUGGUUUCAGAAAAUUGGAGUGCACAUAAAGAAGGUCCAAAUCAGUUCUCUGAGCAGUGGAAUCCGUAUGAAGAGGAAACUAAUCUGUGUGCAACAGAACACAAACAUUACACUGAUGAUGGCAGUCUGUAUAGGGAGCGUAGUCGGUCUGUUGAGUACCAGAAAGUCAAUCCAAAUGUCCAGCACUCCUACGUAGAGGACAGAGAGAUGCCUGAUAGUAAGUUUGACAAAAGCUUAGCUUGUCAGGAGUCUGAAGAAAGCAGUGAGGAUAAAGUCAGAAAGUCAGAGAACUUUGAAAAAAUUCAGAGUCUUCUUCAAACAAUAGGUCUUCAUCUAGACACAGCAGAGGUUAGCAAAUUAGCAGACAGGACACAAGAGCGAUUGUAUGGUAAGAUGAGAAAACCUCAUAGUGCGUCUUCUCACUCUUUUGAACAAAAAAGGGAGCAAUCAGUGAGUCAAACUGAGCAAAGAGGUAGUAGUAGUAGGGCAGAUUCCUCAGACUCUGAAAACUUCCGAUCUGUUUCCCCAGCUCAGUCCUCAAGUCGUAAGGUUUACAUGAGCUAUAAGGACUCUGUAAAAUACAAAGACCAGCACAAAGUGGAAGACGUAGACCUAACUAGGAUUAAGAGAACUGUAGUGAAUUUGAAACCAGCAACCGACGAACAAGAUCCUUACAAACCUGAGCUGACCGCAGUUUCUCAAGCUUCGUACCCACCAGUGACCAUUGUAACCACAGUUCAGCCUGACGGUUCCCAGUAUGCCCAAAAUUCCACUGUUUCCACCUUUUCAGCUUCACAAUAUUCGCAAUAUCAAAGUAGUGAUCAACAUGUUUGGGGUUCUGUGGUCCCUGGUCUGUACCCUUAUGGCACUGUACCUUCAUCUCCUUAUGCUAUUGGUCACCAAGCAAUGGCGCCACAUAUGAUGCCUGCUUAUAGUUCGUACACUGCACAAAUGGCCAAUCCAUAUUGUGUACUUCCUCCACUCUCCAUGCCACAUCCCUAUGGUCCUCUAUCUAUCCUCAACCCUCUCCACCUCUCCGCAAUGGCUUCUGCUUACACUAACCACGCGGCUAGUCAAAUCCCAACUGAAUCUAUAAAUACAACGCCUGUUAGGUGCCUAAAAAAAAUAAAAACCGUUCCAACAGUUAAAGCAGGGCCUGCUACCAUAACAGAAGAUGACAUCAAGGCUAGGCAGAAGAAACGGCUUGAACAGUUUAACCAGAGAAUGAAGCUGAAGAAAGAGCAGCAAAUGGAAGCCCAGCGUUCACGUGGACAAAAUCGGAAUUCAGCUCCAGGUAAAAGUACCCCCGAUGAGAUAAAGAAUGUGUGGAUAUUUGGCCACUCACUUGUGUUUUGGGCUGAGAAGAGGGCUACCUCCCCUGAGUAUGGAGUGCAGUUGGGCAUGCACCCAGACUCGGUGCGCAUCUGGUGGAAGGGCGUGCAGGGCAUGACGUGGCAACAGCUUGUACCUUUGCUGCUCCAGCGUAAAGACAACUGGCCCAAACCUGAUGUACUUAUAAUCCACUUGGGUGGAAAUGACAUAAGCACAACUGCUCCAGAGGCCUUUAUUGAGACUGUGAAGAAAGACAUGUCCUCACUGAAGAGCAUAUUCCCCAAAUGCCUGUUGGUGUGGUCCAGCAUCCUUUCACGGCAGUCCUGGAGGGGUACAGAAGCCAGCAAAGAAAUGGACAUUAUCCGCAUGGCCAUUAAUAAGAGCAUAUGUACAAUUAUGACAGAACUUGGUGGCUCUGCUUUGAGACACGGCAACAUAACGCCCAGUUCGGGACUCUACAGGCCAGAUGGGAUUCACCUCUCUGGGAAUGGUAUCGAUAUCUUCAAUCUGAACCUGCAGGCUUUUCUGGAGAAAUGGGAGCGUAAGACUAAUAAGACAGAGACAUCUGACCCAUCAGUUUGAGAUGAGGAAAUUCCUGUAACGGUCAUUUGUUUUGUUCAGCUAAUGCGGAUGUCAGCUUGUACAGUGUCAUUACGUUCUUGUAUAUCCUUUGUUGUCAUUUUGUUACUUCAGAAUUGAUUGUUAUACAACCUGUGUAGAAUUAAAGCAGAUUUGUUUUCUAUACAUGCGUAUUUUGGAAGAAUGUGUUAGAUUUUAGGAUUUACUUGUUCUGUUUUAUUCAUUCAGUUUAAUGACAAAAACAAGAAAAUUGAAAUUAUUCCAUUUUAAUACGGAAUAAACUUUUCUUUAUAUUUGAGAUCUCGUGUAUGAUAUAAAGAAUGUUCUCCACACCUCCACUUGCAUGUUUUUAAGUGUGUUUUCAUCAGGAAGCAUAAGCCCCAUUGAAUGCUUUUUUUCUAUCAUUAAAUCUGAUCCACAAAUCAGCACAGGAAAUGGCAAAAAGUUCAGUCAGUCUGGGUUGGUUAGUAACAUAUGCCUUGUCCAAAUACCCACACUUGCGGUCUUUGCACUUGACCACUUCUAUGAC